UGGCGUCGUCUGUGGCGGGGCGGCCCCUCGUCCUCUGGACGCCCCCUCAGCCCUUGGCCGCUCCUCCCGGCGCUGCUGCGAGGCCGGGCGGCCGGCCGGCGGAUGCCAUGGAGAGGGGCCCGGCGGCGCUGCUGCAGCAGCUGCUCUAGGAUGGCUCCGGUGGAGCCCACGCUUGUUUCCCUCCUGCUGUUGGGUCUCCUGGCACUCCAGGCCCGCACUUGCCCAGCCACCUGCCGCUGCUACAGCAUGACUGUGGAGUGUGGCUCUUUGGGCCUCAAAGAGAUCCCAGGCAGCAUCCAUCCCUCCACCCAGACGGUUUUUCUUCAGGACAACGGCAUCACGCAGAUUCACCAGCAAGACCUGGCGUCUCUCUCGGGCCUGCAAUACCUCUACAUGCAGAACAACACCAUCUCAGCCCUGGAGCCAGGCGCCUUCCGCAACCAGAACCGGCUGCUGGAACUGGCGCUCAAUGGCAACCGCAUCCACCUCAUCAACAGCAGCAUCUUUAAGGGCUUGGAGCACCUGCGAGUCCUUUACCUGGCAGGCAACCAGAUCACCCGGCUGCCCGACUUCACCUUCUGUGACCUGGAGAGGUUGCAGGAGCUCCACUUACAGGAGAACAGCAUAGAGACUCUGGAGGACCAGGCGCUGGCCGGUCUGACCUCGCUGGCGCUGCUCGACCUCAGCAAGAACAACCUGCGCACCAUCAGCCGGGUGGCUCUCCGGCCCCUCAUCAGUCUUCAGGUGCUGCGAUUGACAGAGAACCCUUGGCGCUGUGACUGCUCCCUGCACUGGCUGAGCUCCUGGAUCAAGGAGGACGGGCAGCGGCUCCUGAGCCCCCAGGACAAGAAGAUAGUGUGUGCGGAGCCCCCUCGCCUGGCUUACCAGAGCCUGAUGGACGUCUCGGGCAACAGCCUCAUCUGCAUCCCGCCGGUUGUGCAGGUGGAGCCCCUGGAAGUGACGGCGCGGCUGGGCGACGACCUGCGCGUUUCCUGCCAGGCCUCGGGCUACCCGCAGCCCCUGGUGACCUGGCGCAAGCUGGCGCACUGGCGGGGGGCUGGGGGUGCCAAGGCCAGCGGCUCCCGGCUCCCAGGCGGGACCUUUGCCCUGAGCGAGCGCAGCGUGGGGGAGCGCUUUGAGCAGUCGGACACGGGCAGCGGGAUGCUCUUCCUCAACAACGUGACGGUGGCCCAUGCCGGCAAGUACGAGUGUGAGGCCUCCAACCCGGGUGGGACGGCUCGGGUCCUCUUCCACCUCAUGGUCAACCUCUCUCAGCAGCAGCAGCAGCAGACGUCACGCGGCUACCCGGCCUCUGUGGACAUCAGCCAGGAGCCCCUCUACGACAUGGAGAGCAUGGACUUCAACGCCCUCAGCAUGGCCACGCAAACGGCCAUCGCCGUGGCCAUCUCCCUCCUGGCCCUGGUGGCCCUCCUCCUGGUCAUCAUGAUCUACCGGAAGCACCGCAAGCGGAAAAAGGCCAAAAAGGAGGAGAACAUCCUCUACGUCAACGACUACUCGGAUGGGCCUACCACCUUUGCCCAGCUGGAGGAGUACCGGGACGAGAGGGGCCACGAGAUGUUCGUCAUCGACCGCAACAAGCCCCUCUUCGCCACCUACAAGGACCCCCAGGGCCUGGUGGGGGCCUUCCCUGAGCAGCUGCAGGAUCAAGCCACCCAGACCUUGGAAGGGGAAGAAGACGGGCCCCCGGAAGCCAGCGAGCUCUUUGUCAACCAGGGACUCAUGUUCCAGCCUCAGAUUGCUUACGAAAUCCACUGCUGAAGGAUUUUGGGCAGGCGGGGAGAGCCCACAAGCAAGGUGCCCAGGAAACCUUUGGGGUGGGCGGACUCCCCCUCCCCCUGCCCCCUUAGGGGAGCUGCUUCCCUGACCUUUCACCUCCGCCCCGGCCUUCCCGAUAGGUCUGCCUUCUUUGCGGUUUAAGGUGAUGCAGGAGUGGAGCCCACGAUACUUCGGUGGCCGUUAGUGGCAGCCAACGGGUAGACGGGGGAUUUCUUUCUAAGCCUCUCCCCUGGGAGCAACCUCACGCCACGUGGCUGCCAAGUCAAAGUGUGUCUCACCCUCUCGGCACCGUUCCUCGGGAGUAAGCACUCCCUCGGUCUCUCUGGAGCUUCCCAGAUGCUCUCCGCAAAGACAGGAGAGUGGUUCAAGAGGCCUCCAUAAGAAGGUCCAUUCAGAAAGUGUUACAGGCGGUGCUAUUUUUCUAGAAAAAGAGGUGCCGGAACUCACCAUGAACACCUCCCCCGUUCUCUUCGAAUGGCAACGGCGCCCACCUGAGAGGUGCCGGAACUGAGGUCCGACGAGUUCCCCCUGAAAAAAGCUCUGGUUACGGGGUACCAAACUGGUGGCCACUGAUGGACAGCAACAGGCCGCACCCCUUGGUUUAUCCCAGUUGCCCCCCAAUUUGCUCUCCAAUGUGUACCCUGUGGUUGGACAGAAGGAAUUUGACUACUCAGCAAAUGAAAGAAAAACCACUUCCUAGGCGUAAGUUCAGUCUCUUGACAAGAAGCUGAUGGAAUCCAUAAAUGUCAUACACUGUGCAGUCUUGACCACCCUGCUCCCCCCCACUCUUUCACGGACCUUCAACUGACACUGUGGAGAUGAAGCCGGGCGGGGGGUGCGAUGGGGUACACCUUCCGAGAACAGGGAGAGCUUCUCCGGCCGGAGGACAAGUGUGACAUUUGUUUUCCAAUUUGGUGUUUUGUUUUGUUUUUGUUUCCUUUUAAGGAUGAAGGAAAACAUACUGUGACAAUCACAAUGAGUUGAACAGCUCCACUGUAUUUGUAAGUCCCACAGGUAGACCCCCACCCCACCCCUCACCUGCACAGCCACCCCACCCCCCUUUUCUGGUGCUACACAACUGUGGUUUUGCAGGAACCUUGAAAACCACAGGAAAUGGGGAGGUACCACCAGGCUCUGCCAGGAAAAUGGAAAUGGCAGUGUCGCAAAGCGAUCUGAGCAAACGAGAAGCCAAUAAAAUGUAGCUGGUGCCGGGGGGGUGCCAAGGACCAGUA